UAAAAAACGGCGGCUGCAGUCAGUUCUGUACGGUCGUUGGUCGCGUGCGGUAUUGAGGUACCUUUCCCUCACGGUAGAUACAUUAUCUCUUCUUCACAAAAAAAAAACAUCGCGCGCACACUGUGAUUCAUUUUAUAAAUUACAAUUACUACCUACCGAUUGAUAAGAUUGUGUACAAUCACGUGAAAUGGGUUCUACUAUUCUUGUGGCCGUUAUGCCGAAAGUUUAUUACGAUUUGCCUGUACGGUUCACGUGAUCUUCAAUAAUCACGAAAGAUGUUGUGUGUGGUGGCGACGGCGGUCGUACUCGCGGUACUCCGAAUUACCGGCGGUCAGCUGCAUGAGCCUCAGAACGAAGAUCUGCUUCAACGGCAUAAAGAUGGACAGCGACAGAUGAACGGCAGCGGGGCCGGUGAAUGGAAGUGCCCGGAGGUGCGGAACGUGUCGUGCGCAUGCGAUCUCCCGCAUACGUUACGCUGUACCGGCGGAAAGUCGACGUUCGAGACGGUAGCGCGGGCGCUCAGGCGUCUGUCCGGCACGUCGUCCAUAUCGCUUUUGGACUGCACCGUGCAAAACGUAGGCUCGCUGCCGGCCAAGAUGCUCGACGGCGUCUCGCUGCACGGGCUGGUCGUGUCGUCCGGCGAGAUCAAGUCUGUGUCGGACGCGGCGUUCGACGGACUUGGGUCUCCGCUCCAGGCACUCGGCUUGCCCAACAACCUGCUUGAGCGGGUCCCCAGCUCAGCACUGGCUAUGCUCAGCGGUCUCGAGCGUCUCGACCUGUCCCACAAUCGUUUGCAUACCGUUCACAACAAUUCGUUCAAGGGGUCGCCGAAUUUGACGUUUUUGGAUUUGAGCAAUAAUUCCAUUAAUUUCAUCAGCCCAGACGCGUUUGUAAAUCUGCCAUUUUUGAAAGUGCUCCGACUCCAAAACAAUCUGCUUACGUCAGCCUCGACUUCCCACCUCCAAGGACUGCGGUCGUUAAUCGAGUUAGACCUCAGUUCCAACCUACUGGCCGGUCAACUGGGUCCCAGCACGUUGCCUAGGUUGCCGAACUUACAGAUCAUAUCGUUGGCGCAUAAUCAGCUCAACAGCGUUAGGCGUGGUUCGUUUGCCGGACUCGAGGGUAUCGUGUCCCUGACGCUUAACCAUAAUCAGAUCGACGUACUCGAGGAUCACGGCUUUAGAGCGGUGCCUACAUUGUCCCAUUUGGACUUGGCCAACAAUCGCAUCGUGGCCGUGUCCAGUGCUUCACUCGCCCAUUUGACCAAACUCAAAACGCUUGACUUGUCUCAUAACUUUCUGAGGAGUUUGACGUCUGAUCUCAUCGUGCCGCUAAAGAGCAUCCAAGUUAUAAAGCUGGACGACAACGACAUAUCUAUCGUGGCCGAAGGCGCACUGAACACCGGCAACCACAUAACGAGCAUCUCUUUAUCAGACAACCCGUUGAACUGCGACUGUAGUCUAUUGUACUUCGCCAGUUGGCUGUCCAAUCAUAGCGCUACCCAUGUGGCCGGCGAUACGGCCGUGUGCGCAACUCCGCCGUCGUUGGAGAACGGUCUGCUUCAGGAUCUGCCUGUGUCCAAGCUGACAUGCGGCGGCGAGGACAGCGUGCCACCCCCCGAAGGUCCACUCGCUUCGAUGCAGCCGUACUCCGGUACGAAAAUCUCUCUUCGCUCCUACCAGUUCGACGGAAGCCGCAUCAGCCUAGGUUGGACUGUCGUGGCGCCGGUCAUAUCCUACUACUGCAACGCGCUAGUCAUCUACGAAGACAUCGGCAACCACGAAGUAUUGCUCGACUCAAAGCCGGUCAGGUGCAAUUCGUCUCAGUUGCCCGACGCUAGAAGUCUGACGCUUUCACUAUCGGCUAACGAACUGCAACCGACGCACAGUUACAGGUAUUGCAUUGUACUGGUGGAAGGAUACGCAACGGACAAAUCAGACGAAUCGGCCAUGGUACUGGGCUGCAGUGACAUCAUCGCCUUGGUGCCAAACGCGAACCAAGCAGUGCAACCCAACAACCGGGCGGUGGCGGCAACUGGGGCAGCGGACCCGCCUGACAUCCAAAACCUAACCACGACGUUCGUGCCGCCGUCAUCGCUGUUCGUCGCCGUACACUUGUCGGCCGUGCACCCGGACGCUGGCAAGUGCACGAUAACGGUGUCCGUGUACACAAUGGGUAGGCCCCUGGCCCACCACCGGUUGAACUGCACGGCGCCCUGGACCACGGUCGCGGAACUGCCAGCCGAGCGGUCAUAUCAGGUGUGUGCCAGUAUCGGUUCAAAGUUCCCCAAGGACGACGAGGAGACCAUGGUGUGCACAUCAGUGGAUGGCAGCGGGGGUGGCAUCGGAGGCAGCGGCCCAGCCGACUGGUUAUUCGCGGUGCUGGGCGCCAAGAGCUACGCGUUCCUGUUGUCGGCCACGUUCACGGCCCUCGUGUUCCUGUUCGUGUUGCUGGUGUACAGAACCGCGUGCCGUGCGUGUAACAACAAGAAGCCCGCCGGCCGCGCGAAUACCGUCCAAACGCACCAGUGCUUCUUGCCCGUGCCGCCGCCUGAUAACGGCACCCACCGCACCAGGUACGUGAAACUUCAGGCCACAACCGUCCUGUAACCUGGUGGGUCACUGCUUCAGUUCACCCAGAACUUGCCCCGAAGUCGAUUGGCACCUGCAUCAUUCUCGGAACUCACCGCCGACCAGCCCGAAACUUUAGUCGUCCGCAAUCAAUCGCUCCGGAUUUCACGGCUUUCCGCAGAUUACAGAAUAUUGUAUAUGUAUAACGUAUACCUAGUUUUUAAGUUUGUUUUUGUUUUUAGAAUCACGUAAGUCAGCUGAAGAGCUUAUAAUAUUAUUUAAUUAAGUAUGUCUAUUCAAUGUGCCAUAUUGAUUGUUAAACCUUUUGAGUUUUGACGAAAUCGACGGUAUGAUUUCAAAUAUCACCGCGGUGUUAUAAUAAUAUAUAGGUAAUAAUAAUGAUUUGUCCGUUGAUGUUUACUUUUGAAUCAAGGCACUUUAGAUACUUAUAUUAUUAUAUCAUGCAGUAAUGUGUAUUAUCGACUGAAUUCAUCGACGGAAAUUUUAUAUUAAAUCGUUGGAACAACUAUAAGAUUGGCAAGUGGUGAAACGUCAACAAUCCUGCAAGUGGCGUGUAAUAAUAUAGGGAAUAUCCUAUCACCCCUUCCAAAAACAUAAGAUUUACAAUAUUAUUGUAGUAAAUUUGGAAGCUUAGUGCGGUGCCUAGUCCCCGUGGUUAUACUACGUAGUAUAUUUCAAGUUGUGUUCACACUUCAUACGAACAAACUAUAGGUAUAGAUAGGUACCUACAUUUAUCAUGACAUGAUUAUUUUUACAUAUAUUGUGUUUAGUCCGAGGUGUUGUUAAAUGCUUGAAAUAUAUUUUGUAUGCAUUUCUUAACUAUUCCAAUAUAAAUUGGAUUACCUUGAUUUGAUAAAAAAAGACAUUCAUAUAUUUGAAUGAAACAUCAUACGUUUGAAUAAUUUGUUAUAAUAUUUGUCUUGUCAAUACUCAAUAAUCUAUAUGUAGGUUGUUUAACCAGAAUAAACACCUCAAACUUAGUUCGAAAAUUUACGAUAGGUAAGUAGGUAUAUUACAAUAUAAGACUGAAAUCUAAUUUAACACUAUUUAACCAUGUUUACUAACAAAAUGUUAAAAAUGUAUUUUAAUAGGCUUACGGUAUUUAUUAUUAUUUUUAAAUCAAUAUUGUAUCAAUAUUUUGUUAAA